UAAUUUUGUUUUAUUUUGUUUCGCACUUCGCCGUACGCGGCGGGAGAGAAAGAGAACGCUGGAGGAAAAAAAGAAACCUUCAAAUCGGAAAAUUCAACAAACCCUAAAUCGACGAAAAGAGGGAUCGUUGAAAUCAGAAGCUUGGUUUAUACUAUGAAGAGUCAAUGGUCUAAUUUUCAUCAGAUUGGGAGAAACUCUUUCUUAGCUGCUUCCACAAUCUACUUUUCAACUGAAUUCAACUUCUUAAACACUCCUCUUCCUGAUCGGAGAAGCUUUUGCUUUGCGGGAAGAGAUCAAUCCAGCUUUGUAGUGUUGAAAUCGGAGGCGGAGUUUAACAGUGCAUUGAGCAAAGCUAGAGAUGGAUCUUUGCCAUCAGUAUUCUAUUUCACUGCCGCAUGGUGUGGACCUUGCAGGCUUCUCUCUCCUGUAAUAUUGGAGCUCAGUAAGAAAUAUCCUGAUGUAACAACGUAUAAGGUCGACAUUGACGAGGGCGCUCUUACAAGUACUAUUGGGAAGCUUAAUGUCUCUGCUGUGCCAACACUGCAAUUCUUCAAAGGCGGCGUGAAGAAAGCAGAGAUUGUAGGUGUUGAUGUGAUGAAGCUGAGGAAUGUCAUGGAAAAACUCUACAAGUGAGAGAGAUUCUUGACUUAUGUACACUACAUUGCUUUGAGUUGUGAUUAUUUUUGUUCGUUUGCUUUUAAAUUUGCAUGGGUGCUAAGUUUGGUUUAUAAAAUCACAAAAACUGAAUUAAGAUAAUUGGUGUACGGGGUCUUGUUUUUAUUUCCACUCUUCUUCUUUAAAA